GCAUGAAAUAGAGAAUAUUACAUCAGACUGUGAGUGAACUGUUGCUUUUUUUAAGAAAAACAAAAUUCAUUCAUCAAACAUCUUUCAAGGAAGAAAGACGCUAUUCUCGCAAGAAAACGAAAUACGUUUUUCAUUAAAAAAAAAAAAACCGAGUGCAGCUCAUUGGUUCCUGACAAUUUUGACAAGUGUGAAACAAGUUUUCGACAAUAACAUUGUCUGCUUAAAAUUGUUUCUUUUUUAUUUAUUUGUAAAGUAAUUAUUUCUUAUGGCAGUUCAUAAUGAAUACUAUGAAAAGUGUCAUCAUUACAUUGCCUAAGGGUCAUUUAAAAAAGGACAGUUUAUUAUCAACUGGAACAAAAUUAAAUUUCACAACAUCAAUUCUCACUGGUGAUAAGUUGAAAAUUGAUAACAGAAUAAAACAAGUGAAACAUAUGGAUGAAGCAAUGGAUACAACAAUUUUAAAACAGGAACCAAUUAAUAUUCGUGGAAAGAAACGGCGACUCGAUCACCUCACGUGGGAGGAGAAACUUCAAAGAAAAAAAUUGAAGAACAGAGUGGCGGCGCAAACAUCGCGUGACAGAAAGAAGGCGAAACUUGACGAACUCGAGGAGACGGUUCGCAUGCUGACUGAGAGGAAUGACAUUUUAAUUCAAGAAUGCACGAUGCUGAGGACGGAGAACGAAACACUGUUGAAUGAAAGUGAACGAUUGAAGAUUGAUUCAGAGUCAAAGAAGGACGAGCGACUUUGUUCGAUGUGUCAAGGUCGUGUCGACUUUACUGCACCUACAUCGGGAUCAGCAGAAUCUCGGGUUAACCCUCUGCCGCAGGGUGGGUCAGUACAGUCGGCAGAACCUCUGACAUUGACGCCAAGUGCAAUCGUCCUUCUGAAGAUACUGACACUCUCCCUCCUCUCGAGGAAUUGUUCAGCGAACUCCAAGGGGACGAUUACAUCGACAGACUCGAAGAAUUGGCCGAGAGCCUUCUGCGAGAAGUUACCGCAGAAGUGGAAGCACAUUCUUCUCGACCAAAUGAGCAGAUAUCAGUCAAGAAAGAAACCACCGGAACACCUGCAAUGGUGGAUCAAGCAUCAAAAAACAUGGAAACCAAUAGCAAUCCAAGAGGUUUGACAACAACAACAACAACAACAACAACAACAACACAAGUUUCCCAUUCGUCAAAUGGAUUUUCAAGUAACAACAAUAAUCAAUUGUCAAAAAAUCAGGAUGUGAAGAUAAAGCGCGAGCCAAUAAACGAUGUUGACACUGUUUAUGGUACUUAUGACGAGGCAACUAAUUGCAUAACAAUAAUUUAUCCC